AAGAGGACGAGGAGAGCAAGGAAGAGGAGAGUUGCUUGCUGUUAUCAACCUAAACAAAUUUACAUUUAUGUUAUUGUGAUUGUAUACUUGCAAGCUAUACACAAUUACUCUUGAUUUUAUGAAUAUCUUGUUAAGUUCUUCUUCUUGAUAUUUCAACCUCAACUUUACUUUGUAUAUCCAGGAAGGAAAGACAACAUUUUGCCCGCAAAUUGAUUCAAUAUCUCAAGCUGAGUUCCUCAAAGACAUAAAUUUUAUCUCAGAAAAUGGGCCUCUCAAGUCUUCCAGCUCCAUCAGAAGGAGUGUUGUGUGUAAUUUUAGUAAACACUGCUUUAUCAAUCUCUAUCGUUAAAGGCAUAGUCCGAUCAAUCCUCCAAGUUGUUGGUAUCCAUCUUUCCGAAUCAUCACCUUCAUCCACAUCGUCGGAUUCACCUCAACCCACCAGCGAAUCAUAUGAUGUAUGUUUAAGUCCUCCAGUUAGUUACCUUGAAGAGUUUCGGAGCCAGAACCCUGCAAUCAAGUUUGACACAUUGUGCCUUUGUAAACAUCCUGAACAUGAGUGUUCUGUAUGUUUGACACAGUUUGAGCCUGAAUCGGAGAUAAACAGGCUGUCUUGUGGUCAUCUGUUUCAUAAAGUUUGCUUGGAGAAGUGGCUGGACUAUUGGAAUGUAACAUGCCCUCUUUGCAGGACACCAUUGAUUCCUGAGCUUGAAGAGGACCCCUCUUGCUUCUGGUAAAGUGUUUUGAGUAGUUGGUUGAGUUUGAGUCUGAGGAAACUUCAUGUACAGCGUGUAGUGUACAGUUACCUUUGCACAUGUAACGGCUUGGGUGUAGUGUGAUGGAUGUUUUAUGUGCGAAUUGAAGCUUGAUAUUUUGAUGGGUCGUUGGGAAACCAAAUUUUAUUGUAUAUAUUGUGAGGUUUUAUGGCAUAUAUCUUUACUGUGA